AUGAGAGCAAAUGCUGGCAGAACCUUCUCUGGGACUGGCAGAGGUAUACUGAUAGUGAAAAGGAAGAGCCUCACACUUCUCACAUUAUAUCAAAAGCUAGAGAUGAUGAAGCUUAGCGAAGAGGGCAAGUUAAAAGCCGAGAUGGACCAAAAGCUAGGACUUUUGCACCAAGCCAUUAGCCAAACUGUGAAUGCAAAGGAAAAGCUCUUGAAGGAAAUUAAAAGUACUACUGCAGCACACACAAAUGAUAAGAAAGUGAAAGCAGCCUUACUGCAGACAUGGAGAAAGUUUCAGUGGCCUGGACAGAAAGAUCAAACCAAGCACAACAUUCCCUUAAGCCAAAGCCUAAUCAAGAGCAAAGCUUUAACCUUCAAUUCUAAGAAGUCUGGAAGAGGUGAGGAAGUUGCAGAAGAAAACUUUGAAACUAUGAGGUUUAAGGAAAGAAGCUAGAACGUAGAAGUGUAAGGUGAAGAAGCAUCAAGUGCUGAUGUAGAAGCUACAGCAAGUUAUCCAGAAGAUCUAAACAAGGUAAUUGCUGAAUUUGGCUACACUAACAAACAGAUUUUCAGUGUAGAUGGAACAGUCUUAUACUGAAAGAAGAUGCCACUAGGUAUUUUGCAGCUAGAGAGGACAGUCAGUGCCUGGCUUUAAAGGACAGACUGGCUCUUGUUGGAGACUAAUGCAGCUGGUGACUUUAACUUAAAGCCAAUGCUUAUGCACCAUUCUGAAAAUCUUAGGGCCCUUAAGAAUUAUGCUAAAUCUACUCUGUUUGUGCUCUAUAGAUGGAACACGUACUAGGUGACAGCACAUCUGUUUACAACAUGGUUUACUGAAUAUUUUAAGCCUGUGGUUGAGACCUACUGCUCAGAAAAAAAAAAAAAGAUUCCUUUCAAAAUAUUACUGCUCAGUGACAAUGCACGGCACCCAAAAGCUCUCAUGGGGACACACAAUGAGAUAAAUGUUGUUUUCAUGAAGUUAUUUUGCCUUUCAGGUCUACUAAGAAAUAGAUUUCAUAAGGCUAUAGCUGCUAUAGACAGUGAUUGCUCUGAUGGAUCUGGGCAAAGAAAAUUGAAAACUUUCUGGAAAGGAUUCAUUGUUCUAGAUGUCAUUAACAACAUUUGUGAUUCAUACAAGGAGGUCAAAAUAUCAACAUUAACAGGAGUUUGGAAGAAGUUGAUUCCAGUCCUCAUGGAUGACUUUGAGGAGGUCAAGAUGCCAGUGGAGGAAGUAACUGCACAUGUGAAAAUAGCAAGACAACUGGAAUUAGAAGUGGAACCUGAAGGUGUGACUAAAGGUAAGACUUUAACAGACAAGGAGUUACAUCUGGUGGAUGAGCAAGGAAAGUGGUUUCUUGAGAAGGAAUCUACUCCUGGUGAAGAUGCUGUGAACACUGUUGAAAUGACACCAAAGGAUUUAUAACAUUACAUAAGCAUGGCUGAUGAAGGCGCAGGCUUUGAGAGGAUUGACUCCCAUCUUGAAAGAAGUUUUUCUGUGGUUGAAUUGCUAUCAACCAGCAUCACAUGUUGCAGAGAAGAAGUCCUUCAUGAAAGGGAGAGUCAAUCAAUGUAGCAAACUUCACUGCUGUUUUAUUUUAAGAAAUUACCACAGCCAUUACAGGCUUCAUCCUUCAUCACUCUCAUCAGUCUGCAGCUAUCAACACUGAGGCUGUAUUUUUUAAUUAAGGACAUGGAAUCAGGGACGGAUAACCGGGAAGAUAACACAGCAAUGUCCAAGUAUGCAGGGAUGAAGGCUAGCAAGACCGAGGCCCAUCUCGAGAUUUAUAUGGCAAGGGAGGUCAAGGACAACAAGUAG